UGGGCGCUAGGUUCCAUUCGGGACUCGGCCGUUCCUAAAUCCUAAUUUCCUAUUUACGUCUUCCAGUCUUCCCUCUUCCCUCUUCACAAGUUCGCAGUCCGCAAGUCGCAACUUCGCCCGCAGCUGGCACUCCCUCACAUUCUCACUCCCAGUCCCAGUUCCCUUCAUAUUCACCUUCCCUUCCCAGUUCCCUUCCCACUUCGCAGUUCGCACACAGUCGGCGACAGCGAGUUCAAACUCCUGUUCCAGAUCGGCAGAUCCAGUCUUCCCCUUUGGACUUCGGCUUCCACCUUCCCAACUUCGCAGCUCGCACUCUCGCAGACUCGCAGUUCUCCUUCGGACCUUCCGUCCUUCAGCAACCUCGUCUCCGGCUGCCGUUGACUUGUCUGUCCCACCGCUGCUGCCGCCACCUCCGCCAGCAUUGCUCUUUCAGCUUUCAUCCCCCAGCUGCAGGCAAAGUUGCGAUGUCAUCAAGGCCAGAGCUCAAAGCACCUCCCGAGAUAUUCUACAACAACGAUGAGGCUCGUAAAUACACCUCAUCCUCUCGUAUUAUUGAAAUUCAGGCUAAGCUUUCAGAGAGAGCAUUAGAGCUUUUGGCUUUGCCUGAUGAUGGGGUACCCAGAUUACUCCUUGACAUUGGUUGUGGAUCAGGACUUAGUGGGGAAACAUUGUCUGAGAAUGGACACCAGUGGAUCGGUUUAGAUAUUUCACAGUCAAUGCUUGAUGUGGCAUUGGAGCGGGAGGUUGAGGGUGAUCUUUUACUCAGUGACAUGGGUCAGGGCUUAGGACUUCGACCUGGAGUUGUUGAUGGUGUCAUCAGCAUAUCUGCUGUACAGUGGUUAUGCAAUGCUGACAAGUCCUCUCAUGAGCCUCGAUUAAGAUUGAAAGCUUUCUUUGGAUCAUUAUAUAGAUGCUUAGCAAGGGGAGCAAGAGCAGUGUUACAAGUAUAUCCUGAAAAUUUAGCGCAGCGUGAGUUGAUCCUGAGUUUUGCAAUGCGUGCUGGAUUUGCUGGUGGUGUGGUUGUUGACUUCCCGCACAGUACAAAGAGGAGAAAAGAGUUUCUUGUCCUCACAUGUGGUCCACCGUCCAUUAGCACAGCUGUUCCAAGUGGGAAAGGUGAGGAUGAUGAGAGUUGCUCUGAUGAUGACAGUAGCCAAGACGAGGAAAUUCAAACAGUUUGCAUUUCAGACAGGCACAGGCCUUGGAAAAAACUGAAAAUAGCAAAGAAAGGUAAAGGAAGGGAAUGGGUCUUGAAGAAAAAAGAACAGAUGAGGAGAAAGGGAAAUGUUGUGCCUCCUGAUACAAAAUAUACAGCUCGCAAACGGAAGGCUCGCUUUUGAUUGCAUGCCCACAUACCCAAAUGGAUUUUUGGGAUAUAUAUAAUGCUUUGAUACGUUAAUAUACAUGCGGGCGUUUGUGAAGGCGUUUCUUGUGUCCACCAAUAGUAGCCUUACAGUGCCAUUUCCUUGCUUGGAGAGCUGAUCUGCUAGUUGUUAAAUUCACGAGGAUGAAGUAUGAUAGCAAAGUGGAAUCAAUUUGACAAGCAUCCUUGAGUUUAGUAUUGAGGCAAAUGAUUUGAUGUAGAUGUCAGUGAAAUUGGUGAACCCAAAGAAAUUUUGUUGCUCAUUUAUUUGGAUUGCAUAGAAUUGUUGCCAUUUAAUUCUGAUCUAAAAUUUGUCUUGCCUUAAAA